CAUAACUGUUCUUAUUAUUAUCUCUCCUCCCCUUCAAAAACAUUUUGCUCAUCAGUCUUGAAACAGCGCCAAACACAGCAAACGAAGUUCAGGGUGCAGGUGACUGUAAUUGGCCCUGUAAAUGAUUUCUUAUUCAAUGCAGCAUCUUUUGUUGAAAACCCUUGUCAGAAAUUGUUUGAAUGAAAGGGUUUUAAAACUUCUGAUUGCAUCAGUACCUUUGCAUUUUCGUAAUGUUGUUUGUGGUAAGGGUUAUGGGUAUGCAAAAUUUUCCACAUAUUCGCCUUUGGGAACUAGCCAAUUUAAAAACCCUAUAGAAUCAUCUGAGCUUCAAUUAGUUGUUAACAAGGUUCAUGUUGGUAGUAGUGAGGAUGAGAUUUUGAGUUAUUUGGUGAAUGAUGAAGUUUGUGAGGGAAUUAGUGUAAGUCAUGCCCUUGUCGAUUCAUUGCUUCAUCGGUUCAAAGACGACUGGAAAUCGGCAUUAGGUGUUUUUAGAUGGACUGAAUCGCGUCCUAACUUUGAGCACUUGCCUGAAGCAUAUGAUUCAAUGGUAGACAUAUUAGGAAAGGCGAGGCAGUUUGAUAAGAUGAGCGGGUUGAUGGGUGAAAUGCUUGAGAGGGAAUUGGUUACCCUUAGAACUAUGGCUAUUGUAAUGAGAAGGUUUGCUGGUGCGCGUAGGUGGAGUGAUGCUGUGAGGACAUUUGAUGAGUUGGGUACUUUUGGUUUGAAGAAGAAUGCAGAGUCUAUGAAUCUGUUGCUUGAUACACUUUGCAAAGAGAGUCAAGUACAGAUGGCUCGUGCGAUCUUUUUGGAGCUUAAAUCUCAUAUCUUGCCGACUGUGCACACGUUUAAUAUAUUCGUUCAUGGUUGGUGCAAAAUCAAACGGGUUGAAGAAGCAUAUUGGACGCUCCAAGAAAUGAAAGGGCAUGGAUUUAGGCCCUGUGUGAUAAGCUAUUCAACUAUCAUUCAGACUUACUGCCGACUGUCUAAUUGGAAUAAGACUUUUGAGUUACUUGAGAUGAUGGAAUCUCAGGGAUGCAAACCCAGUGUUGUUACUUACACAACUAUAAUGUCUUCGUUGUCAAAGGCGGACAAACUUGAAGAUGCACUACAAAUAGCUGACAGAGCUAAAUUGGCUGGAUGCGAACUUGACGUUCAGUUUUAUAAUGCAUUGAUCCAUACCCUUGGAAAAGCUCAACGCAUAACGGAAGCCUUUAAUAUCUUUAAGGUAGAGAUGCCUAAUAAUGGUGUUCAUCCUAGCACUUCGACCUACAAUACAUUAAUUGGUAUGUUUUGUCGUAAUGGCCAAGAAGAGAUGGCUUUCAACAUUCUAGAUGACAUGGAAAAGGCUGCACUUUGUAAGCCUGAUCUUCAGACAUUCUAUCCUUUGCUAAAAGCGUGCUUCAGAUUGGGGAUGCUGGAUAGUUGCUUGAGCAAACUACUGGAUGAUAUGGCUAUCAAGCAUCAUCUUAGUCUUGAUGAUUCAACAUAUUCACUUUUGAUUCAUGGUCUCUGUAGAGUGGACAAGUGUGAGUGGGCCUUCCGUGUAUUUGAGGAAAUGGUAGGUAAGGAUGUGACACCAAGGUAUCAAACAUGCCGUCUGCUUCUAGAUCAAGUUAAAGAGAAGAACAUGUAUGCUGCUGUUGAAAAAGUUGAGCUGUACUUCAAUAACUUGAAAGCUUCUUUUCCACAAAAAUUUUCAGUUUCCAGAACAAGCAUUGAGUCUGCUGAAGGAUCAUAGCUGCCAGGACUUUGAUACCCAUCAUGUUGCACAAGGUUGUAACAUCGGUCUGUACCGGUGAUGGGGGUGAUAUAAUCAAUGCCAACAAUGCCUUAUGCAGUAGAGUGGAACCUGAAAUUUGCUUUCGAUAUCACUUCUGAAACAAUUUAUGUUGUUUGAAAGAAAGAAGGUCGACAAGGGAACUGGGGGGCUUGCCCUUGAGGGACAUAGGCUGUGAGUCCAAAAUGGUUUGAGUAUCUUUUGUUACAUUAAUUAGAACAUACAAAGGAGAAGGGGGAGAUUUCAAAUUAUUCUGAUGACUGUUAAAGCUGAUUGCAAGCAUAAUCGUGCAGACACAGGUCUUGAAAAUACUGCAAAGUUGGGAGAGUUCAGGAGACCAAUGGUGGUAUGCAACCCCUAUAGAUUGGGCAGCAGCCAACGGCCUUUGCGACUUAGUCAAAGAACUCCUCCGCAUUGACCCUGACCUCCUCAUUAAACUCACCUCCCUCCGACGUAC